AUGAUAGAUAAGCAUCUGUUUCGAGCUUUUGCCCAGUUUUGGAACCCGGCUUAUAGUUGCUUCACAUUUGAGAGUGUUGAUUUGGUACCUACAAUAGAAGAGUACAUAGCUUUACUUCAGUGUUCAAAGAUUCUAGUAGACAAGGUUUACUCGAAGGCUGACAUCAUUCUAGCGCACCCGGAUACGAGGAAGAGGGUAGAUGUCUUUGCUUUAAGUAUAUAUGGUUUGGUUGUGUUCCCUAAGACUUUGGGACAUAUUGACGAGGCGGUCAUUGACUUAUUUGAUUGGCUUGAAAAGAGAGUUACACCAGUUCCGAUAAUUUUGGCAGAAACCUUUAAGUCACUAAAUGCAUGCCGGAGAGUGGGAAAGGGUAGAUUCAUUGGAUGUGCUCAGCUCCUACUUGCAUGGUUUCAUAGUCACUUUUGGAAGGUUGACAAAGUUUCAUAUCGAGUCUUCUCUGAAGUUUAUUCACUAUUGAAGGAGAUAGUGGCUACACCAAAGAGGGAUGACGUCUCCGAAGAGAAAUGGAUAACAAUUUUUCAGAAUUUGCAAGAAGAUGAUAUCGAGUGGAGAGCUCCGUGGUUGCUUCCAGAUGAGAUUUUAUAUCGGUGUGAGGAUUUUGACUGGGUUCCUUUGAUUGGAAUUUGGGGAGCUGUUGGUUAUGCCCCAUUGCUAGUGCUCAGGCAAAACAGGUCUAGGCAGUUUGUGCCUGCAACUCAGGGACUGGCCGAGUGUGAAUUCUUGUAUUGGGGCGAUGGUUACAAAAGGAGAGUUCGUGAGAUGGUCAGUGCAUGGAAUCAGACUCACCGAAUGAAGGGAUUAGCUGUGGGUCCAUUGACAACUCCCGAGUAUAGCGAAUGGUGGGCUAAGAGGAUUAACGAUAACAUUCCUAGGCCAAAUUCAGAAAAUAGUCAGUUGAUGGGGGAGCAUUUGCAUGUCGUCCCUACUGAGCUGGAAAUCAUAAAGUAG